GUCCCGACCGACCUGGGGCGGGCCCCGAACUGGCUCGGCCUCCCGUUGGAAGCCGGUCACGAUAUUUGCGGACCGGUGGGCUCCGCGGCUGAAGGCUGGAGCUGGCGGGGCCGGACCCGGGGCUCCGGCUGGGAAGGGCUGACAUGGCCCGGAGCUGGCAGCGGGCCUCCCUUCUCCUGUUCCUGCUGCUGGUCGCUCCAGGGAAGCCCCGUCUGGCCCCUCCUCAGAAUGUGACACUGUUCUCCAAGAACUUCGGCGUAUACCUGACUUGGCUCCCAGGCCCUGGCACCCCCAAGAACGUGACCUAUAUUGUGAAAUAUCACAGCCGUCCGGAACCAGGAAAGUGGCGCAAAGUGGAGAAGUGUACAAGAAUCACAGAACUGACAUGUAACCUGAUGUGCCUGAAGAACCUGGACCUGUAUAAUAAGUUCAAAGCACGUGUGCUGGCCAUUUCUGCCAACUCCAGGUCCCACUGGGUGGAGUCUGAGUCUCUGGAUUACCUCGAAGAAGUGGAGCCAGCCCCACCUGUCCUGCUAGUCACUCAGACAGAGGAGUUCCUGAGCAUCAAUGCCACAUACCAGCUGCCCCACUGCAUGACACCAUCACCAUCAACUCUGUCCUAUGAGUUGGCUUUAUGGAAGGAGGGGACAAAGAACAAGACCUUUUAUCCAGCCACUCCUCAUGACAGCUCAGUUCAGAUUCCUCUUCAGACACUUGCCAAAGGAAGCUACUGCCUGAGUGCCAGAACCAUCUAUACUUUUUUUAACUCCAAAUACAGCACCUUUUCCACACCUACCUGUUUCCUGCUAGAAGCUCCAGGAGCCAAGUGGGCAUUCCUGUUGCUGUUGCUGCUGCCUGUGCUGUUACUCAUCCCCACAGGGUGUGUGAUCUGGAAGCUCUUCACAUCUUUGUCUAAGCAGGCAAAGAUGCCCCAAGUCCUGGACUUCUCUGAUUACAGACCCAUCAUUGCCACUUUGCCUCCCAACCGCCUGGAGUCCCUGGAUAACCUGAGCCUCUGUCCCCAGAAGGAACUGAGCAUCCAGGUCAGGCUGAAAGUUCAAGGUAGAAGCCCAGCAGGCAUGCAGGCACAGACAAAGAAGGGCAGCACCAAGGGUGACAAGGAGGAAGAGGAGGAGGAGGAGGAGGAGGAAGUCACGGAUGAAGAUGAUGACAAUGAUGUCCGCUUCCAGUCCUACAUUUUGCCACCCCCACUUCCGGAGCACUCGGGGUCUGAGGGGUGGGGGACUCUCCUGGUCCCAGCAGACAAGCCUCCUGGCUGGGAUUCCUCCUCCUCCUCCUGGGCAAGGACUGAGUCCACUGGCUAUUUGUCCAAGGAGGGGUCAGGCCAGGGGCUGGGGAGGGAGGAGUGUACAGAGUUCCUGCUCCCUGAAUACUAUGAUGACUCAGAUUCCCUGAAGGAGCCCCUGGAAGGUGACCUCGCCUCCUGGGUGAACUGGAAUUCCUUAUUGCCAGGAUGGACUCUGGACUCUGAUGAGCCCCAGGUUUGCCUCCACACACUGGUCUUCCGUUCAGACAGCAGCACUGGGCUGGAUGAGGAAGAGGAGGAGGAAGUGGAGAGCGGGGUGGACUCUGAGAAUGAAGACUGCAGAACCAGCAGCUGGGGGCUUGAGGCUGUUCAGGGGAUAGAGGUCAAGUCUCAGCCACUGGGGCAGUACAUGGCCAGGUGAGCUGCCCUUGCUUCCCUCCUGACUCUGCUGUCGACAGAGCUGCUGAGCUUUCCGAAGACCACAAGGCCAGGGAGAGUUGGCUGUGAAGUGGGCAGAAGAUUCUCACAGCUCUUUGGAGACCCUCCAGAAGCUGCUUGACAGUUGGAUAA